GAAGGCGGGGCCCGCGCGCGGGGAGGAGGAGGAGAGCGCGAGGGAGCAAAGAGAGAGCGUUCGAAGAAAAAAAGCGGAGACGCCGCGCCGAGAGAGAGAGAGAGAGAAAAAAACUCUCCCCCCCCCCUGUCCGUGUCUCUCGCAAGCUCGACUCGGAGCGGCCAACGGCAAAGAAUGGCAGAACCGCGGUUUAAUAGCCCUUAUUUCUGGCCUCAUCCACCGACCAUGACCAAUCAGAUCGACAACCUCGUCCUGAUCAACAAAAUCAAGGAGCAGCUGAUGGCGGAGAAGAUCAGGCACCAGUCGCACCAGCCACUCGGGCAGCCGUUGCCACCGCCGCCACUCUCCCAACACUCGCCCUCCACCCCCAACCUAAGUCAGCAGCAGCUGUCCCAACAGCAGCAGCAGCAGCAACAACAACAGCAGCAGCAACAGCAGCAGCAACAGCAGCAGCAUGAGGCCCAGCAUGGCUCUGGGAAGCCCAAUGUGGCACUGCACGCCCGUCCACCAAGCACUAUGGAUCGCUUUCCCAAGCCCUACGCCACAGCCGUGGAGGGUAGGGAGGGGGAGGGGGCUGGGGGGAUGGUGCGGGAGGCUGGUGGAUUGCGGGGACACGGAUCCGGGUCUUGCUGCUGCUAUGGUGACAUGGGCUGCCCGUCACCAGGGGGCAUGGAAGGCCAGGUGGGCAUGGCUCGGGGAAUGGUGUCUUCGGCCGGAGGGGGUGGCGGUGGCAACCAGGGCCGCGUGGACACAGCGGGCAGCCCCCUGCCCAUGAUGCCAGGCCUGACGUCGGCGCACCAGGUGCUGGAGGGCAUGUCCGGCGUGGGCACCGUGGGCAAGCGCGGAGAGCGUGGCCGCAGGAAAAAGGCGGCGCUGGACGGUGGCGGGCAGCCGGUGCUCGUCGUGCCCUACCCCAUCCUCGCGUCGGGCUCCGACCAGCCCAAGGACGGCAAGACGUACAAUUUAAACCCCUUCGGGUCAAUCGCGGAGGGAGGGGGUCAAGACACCAAGUGCAAGAUGUGCCCCCUGACCUUCUUCACCAAGUCGGAGAUGCAGACGCACGCCAAGUCGCACACGGAGGGCAAGCCGCACAAGUGCCCGCACUGCUCCAAGUCGUUUGCCAACGCCUCGUACCUGGCUCAGCAUCUACGCAUCCACUCGGGCGUGAGGCCCUACCACUGCUCCUACUGCGAGAAGGCCUUCCGCCAGCUGUCGCACCUGCAGCAGCACACACGAAUCCACACAGGUGAUCGGCCUUACAAGUGCGCUCACCCCGGCUGUGACAAGGCCUUCACCCAGCUCUCCAACGUGCAGUCCCACCAGCGGCAGCACAACAAGGACAAGCCGUACAAGUGCCCCAACUGCUACCGCGCGUACACCGACUCGUCCUCGCUACAGAUCCACCUGGCAACACACGCUGUCAAGCACGCCAAGGCCUACUGCUGCAACAUCUGCGGCAGGGCUUACACCUCGGAGACGUACCUGGUGAAGCACAUGAGCAAGCACUCGGGCCUGGACCCCAGCGCCGCGUCGGGGCACCAGUCUCCACCCCCCAACCCGGACUCCCCGCCCUGUCCUAUCCGCCUGCCCAUCAUGUGACUCCCGCACCACCCACCUUCCUCACCUGUCUCACCUGCUCGCUCGCUCGCUCUCUCACUCUCUCGCUCAAUGCCACCCCCACCCCUGACCUCCUCCCCCCACCCACCCCUCUGUCUCCCCCCCCACCCCAAUCCAACCCACCCCAGACACGAGCCAGAGACUCGUGACAGCAUCCCUCCCCUCUCCACUGACCCCCCCCCUUCCCCUCCCGGAACCCCCCCCCCCCCGAUCCCUCCGCUUUUCCCCCGCCGCCGCAAAUGCACGCCGCGCAGAUUCACUCUCUGCUUGACUUUUCUUUGCGUUGCCGUUUCAUUAAAGGCCCGCCGCAUGCCUUGUAUCGGUAACGAACUAAUGGUUACAAAUAACGGUGAUGAUGAUGAUGAUACGCUAACCGCAGCGCACACACACGUUUAUCACUCGGUGCCGAUUUUGUCGCGUGUUGAUCGAUAAGUCUUUUUGAACGCACGUGCCACGAAAGUUACUUGCAACACAAAAAGAUUCCCUUGACUCGCCGUGUGCCCCCAUCCCUCCUCGACCCGUUUUUUUUUAUUAUCACUUCGUCAGAAUAAUAAAGAGAAGUAAGGAGGAGCACUUUGUUGAAUUGUUACCAUGGAUAUUUGGAACAUUUUGUUGAAAAUCGUGCGUCGGCAGCCUCCAGCGGGGAAGGUAGCGAGUUCAUAGUUUGCCGACGUUUUGAAGACAGUCCCUCUCCUUACUUAUGUGUACAAGUACGCUCGGGCGAACACAAACCGCCUGCUGUUAAAACAAUCUAUAAAUAUUUUGACCGUCCUUUGCAUUUACUAUUUUAACUAUUUUAUAUAUAUAUAUAUUUCCCAUCAUUUCGUGCAUCGGCAUACGCAAGGUAAUGUUGUUUGUCGUUUACCGGAAGCCCAUUGGACGGUGAAGGCAGUUACGUGACCCCCCCCGCCCCCCUCCCCCAACCGCGACAUUUGUUUUAAGUUGCGUAUUGAACGGCUAGGGUUGUUGAGCGUUAAAAGUCACGCCGUAGACGAUCAUCGUUGUCGUUAAAUUUGAAGGGGGGGUUGGGUGGGAGACUUGAUAUAAAUCGGGGCGCGGGGGUGGGGGAGAAAUGUGUUCCAGCACAGGCAUGAGACAAUUAUACGACAUCAUGUGAUGAAUUACCGAACCUGUCUGCUUGCCAUUUUACUAAUUUUUUUUUUAAACUUCCACUUUCUUUGUUUUCUAGAAAAUCAUGUGACUUGAAUAGGAGCAACGUCAGUCAUGUGAGCGACAUUCACUGCAAGUCUGAGAUGUGUCAUGUGACGCACUCCUUUUAUCACGUGAUGUAAGCUUCAAGCACCCUCCCUCCCCUUCCCUUCGACCCUCGCCCCUUUACCCUCCCAGUGGUGCCCUGCCUCUAGCCCCUUAGCCUCUACCCCACGACCACUCCCACCUCCUCCUCCCCUCCUCCCACGUCUCGGCCAAACGUAUUUUUCCGUAGUUCUGUCCUUCCCGGAUGGACGGAUACGAAACCCGCUCGCCCGACGUGCGUAGCACGCGAUCGCCAGAGUGGUUGGCGGCGGCGGCGGCGGCGGCGGGCGAACCCGAACGUUUUGCCUCUCGUCGCCGAAGACCUGCAAAAAACGAGAGGACGCUUUUGCGCACACGCUUGGACUUUUACGGACGCCGAAGGCAAGACUACUCCUCUCCCUCGCACUCUCACCGCAAACCACCUCCCCCCCCCCCCCCCCCCCGAAAAAAAACCUCUACACCCCGUCGCCGCAACCGGCAUCGUGUUGAAAAAAAAGACUUCGGUGAACGUGAAAACUUGAGCGCAAUGUGGAGCGUAAACGCACGUGCCUGCUUGCCUGACUCGGGGUCGCGCGUUUCCGUACGGCUCGGUGUGACUUUGAAAGAAAAAAAAUAUAUGUGUAUCGUUGUCAAAGCACGAUGCGCGGCGGGAGAAAUUUCGAGGCGCAAAAAAAUGUUCGCGCGUCCUCGCCACUCGACUCCCACCACACUCCACUCUCCCGCCCCCCCUCCACUGUCCUUCCACCACCGAACACUUUGGGACAAGUUCACAUACUGACGGCAGCUAAAGGGAGGCCGCUGCCAUCCAACGGCAGUGGCGCCCGUCAACCGGUUUUGUACAUAAGUGUCGGGUGAGCAGCGCUAAGCAGUGCCCACUCCGGCAGCAAGGUUCCCACUCUUUUAAAGGCUUAACGUUAACAUUACGUGGUUAUAAUUUUAUUUUAGACAUACUCUCUUCGCUUGAUAACUGCCACUGUGAUCAAUGACAGGACGACUAUAACUGUAUUAACUGAUGGAUUCAUAUUUACUGUCACGUUCUCGGUUUUGGUUUUUCGCCGAUAGACGACAUGACCCGCUUGCCGAAGAUGAGUUACGUGCCGAGUUUUUGUUUUCUCGAUUCGUCGGUCCCAAGAGAAGCUACGUUUGCCGCCAAUCCUCUCCUCAACCGUAAAGAUCGUGUCUACGCGACUUCAAUGCGCACAUUACGGGCCCAGUGGAUUCUCUUUCCCAUUACACAAGCAGCCGCUGUGAAGGUUUAGUGAAAAAAGGUGGCCCAGUUCGCUCGUUAAGUCUUGUCGGGCAUGCGAUGGUUUACCUAUCCUUGCCCACUGGCCUGACUGUCGCCGUGAUGCGCGCGACAAGAGAGAGACGGGUCACGCCACGUCGGCGAGAUGUUAACUACUUCGCCUGGUAUACGGGAGGUCAUGGGUUCGAUCACGAUCCUGACGCCUGCUGUAUAUUUGGAGUUUGCAUGGUCACCCCGUGGUUGCGUGGAUUUUUUCUCCAGGUCCUCCGGUUAAACCCCCUCCACAUUUACAAUCAACGUUUGGUUCAGAUGAUUUGGCUGCUAUAAAUUUUGACGUGAUGAAUAAGCCGCUUCGUUUGAGCUGUCGCUUGCGAUCGCCAGGUCGCUCCUGAAAUGAGAGCGACAUGUAACUGAGACGUGACGGUGGAAACCGCACUUCCCCCGCCGGGACCCGUGACUCGUCCCGUGGGCCGCGAUGAUCAUGGACGGAGGGGGGAGCGGCUUUCGUCUCAAAUUGUCUACCCCCACACACGGCUUCCACCCCCCCCCCCCUAACACUUGUCCCCCGUUGUCGGUACACGUGGACAAAUUAAGUCGUGUGUGUGUGGAGGGGGGGGGGGCAGCAGUUUUAACAUAUACAAAGUAUAUAUAUAUAACAUUUCAUUUUGGAACCGAGCUGAAAGGCAAAGGUGUGAGUGGUUUUGGUGUUUUUACAAACAUCGGUCAGCUAUCGGAGGAAGCUGCCGACCGGUGAUUUUAACUCGACCCCCCCCCCCCCUUGUACAAUUUUGCCGUGACCCCAGUUUGUACUUCUACUACGACGGAUGCAGAAACCUCUGGGUACCGAACGCGCGCCCAUCUUUUUUAAACCGAACCUUGCGUUUUACCGAAGAGGUUCGUCGUUCUCGCGUGUUUUUUUUUCUUUUUUAACUUAACGUCACGACGACGUUGCUUCAAGAGGCAGAGAGAGAGCUUCGUUUCGUUCAUGUGGAGCCGUCUUGUUUUUUUUUGUUGCUAUAUUUCUUUUUUCAUUUCAAAGAAAUUAUCGAGUUACAACUUGUUUUUUCGAUUCGGAUCGAGAGCUCACGUUAUAAUUUUUAGUGCCCGUUUUUCGAUGAUUAAAUACUGUGCACGAAUAAGCGUGCCUCUCGUAUAUGGAAAGGAAACAAAACGGUGAUGGUGCGUGCGAUGACUGUCACUUCUCAAAGUUAUAUUUUAGACUGAGUGGCCUUCAAAGUCAAUACAUACUGAGCGUUUAACGAGAAAUUUGAGCAAAAGUACUCCCCCCUCCCUCCUCGCUUAUCUCCGACUAAUUUUUUGCGUUUCCAUUAAGCUUUUUUUGUGCAUUAUUAUUAUGAUUACAAUAAUAUUUUUACAAUAGCACUAUUGGCUAUACAUUAGUAUAUUGUAAGAUAUGAGGUAUGUAGAUUAUAAAACUGCAUUUAUACUUAAAUAAUCCCACUAAUAUGGGGUAUAAGAUGGUUUUGCAUGGCUGUUCCUGUACAUAUAUAAAAAAAAAGUAUAUAUGAAGUGAGGAAAGGGGUUGUGGUUUUUUUUUACGUACCAUGUGUGUUGGCUAGAGAAAGCGAGCGAGCGAGAGAGAAAAGAAAUGCCACAUUGGCAUGGCUAUUGUGUUCAACCAUUGCGUUGGCUUUCACCACCGCCUGAAACAUUUCAGUGUGAGACUGGACAAGCCUCUAUCAGUGUUGGCAGUCACACGUGCGGCACCCCCCCCCCCCCCUUGUUUGGUCCCACCCAGCUCAACGGGCAGUGAGAGAAGGUGCGAUGGGUAGCAGGAGACCUGCGCGCGUGUGUGUGCAGGGGUUCUCAUGUCUCUUCCCCCGAUCCCCCUCCACCCCCGUCUGCAAAAGAGGUGCUCGAUUCGUCUCGGAAGCCAGUAUGACGCGCGCGUGCGUGCGUGCGUGCGUGCGCGCGCUUUUAACGUUUCCAACAUACGUUCGGGAGCAAUGUGACGAGAGACGCAGAGAGUCGCUUUCGCCGGAGUAGAAACGCCUAAAUGCCCGGGUGCUGAAGUUUGGUUUCGUGUUACUUUACCGUGAUUUUUUCCGCUCUGCCAACCGUUAUCCCGCUCCCCGCCCCCUCCCCCUCCUGUGUGCGUGCGCGCUUUGGCAUCGUUGAUGAAAUCGAAGCGUGCGUGCGUCUCCUUUCACCGAUCUCGCCACGGCUAGUAGAUGAUCUGCGAUGAUUCGUCGCCGUGGGGUGGCGAGAAGCCGGUUGGGGGGAGACGAGGCCUCACGCAGACUUCACGUUAGCAGCUUCCCGAGCGGCAGGAGAGGAGGUGGGUGCGAUUUAUUGGGAGCGGGUUCUCCUCGUGAGCGACAACAUCGAUACAUCCGACGUAAUUUUAGGUCCUUUUUUUUUUGUAUAACCAUACUACUGCCUCGACAGUGCCAAAUGUUUUUUUUGGCGAUAAAGCGACUUCAUUUAUUUAGCGACAGCCUCUCUUUUGCGUCCGGUGGCGGGCAGGCGGGGGGGGGAAACCUUGGAGGUCGCCGGCGUCGACGAACCGAAGGGUUUUUAUUCUCCGGCAAAAGGAGUCCAAAUCUCGUUGCGAUCUCGCGAAAGUUGAGGUGUGUUUUCUUCGAUGUAAGCAUGGGAGAAAGUCCCCUCGCAUUCAUAUUACUGUAUUUCUUUUAUUAUGUUUCUUUUAUUCCGCUGGCGUCGACAAUUAAAAAAAAAAUCGUCGGAAGCAUUCACUCUUGAAAUGUCACGCGUUUAAAAGCGUCGGAUGCUGUAGUAAAACUAUCACCGCGCGCCGUUGUCAUCGACUCGCUAAUAAUCCGGCAAAUUGAGCACACUUUCUUAUCCGGCAGAAGUAAAAACGGGCAUCCUUGAACCGUGCUUUCGAUUGAAAAAGUAGGAGAGUGACUUUUUCCUGCAUAUUUUUACGAUACUUCCCCACCACCCGCCGCUACCGCUGUUUUUUCCCCCCUGAUUUUUUUUUAUGCGGACACACGGGCUCAUAGUGGACUAAUGAAUAUAGAGAAAAAGUGUUGUUACAUUGCACAUAGCUCUGUACAGUAUUGAGGGUAGGGGAGGGGGCGAGCUUUGAAAGAGAGAUUAAAUAAUGAGAAGGAAACUCCUGAACGGAUUAAAAAAAAAACAUUCUCACUUUCUGUGAACAUGUUUUUGGAUCUGUGUCAUUUUACAGAUACAACUGUUGCAAUAUAUAUACGGAGGGGUAUGCAAAGUGUUUUUUUUUUAUUUCAAAUAACAAGACAAUUUCACUAAAGUUCACUUCACUAAAAAUACUGUUUUAAGAAGUUAGCAGGUAACGAUUGUGCGAUUUGCAGUCGUUCAGUUUUAUCGAUCACAUUGAGAGUUACCUAUUCACUUUAUGGAUUUCCCUAAAUUAUUGUUUUAAAGUACAAAUUCACAAACUGCCGUGCAAUUACUUAUUUUCCCGCUCAGUUUAAAACGAAUUUCAAAAGAAAAAAUUUCAAUCACGGGAGCUAAAAACGCUCGGUCCAAAUGACAUUUUUUUUUUUUAAGUUUGAAUUCUCCGGCAUGUUUUUUGAGUUGUGCCGCUCUGGGAGCUUGUUUGAUUCUUUCCCAAAAUGAAACGUGGGGACAUCACGCGCGGAACGCAACGCGGUACAACCCAACGCACGCGCGCACACGCGUCGGGGAGAUCUACAGCACAAUCGCAAGAACCUACACGAUAUCCAACUCCUCGUUUCACGCUUGUGGUAUUUUUUUUCAAUCAAGAAGGGGUUGUCUUUUCAUUACGGUUAUAGCUUCUAUCUUCUGUUUUGUGUCCCGACAAUUCUUAAAUGAGCGACAGCAUUUCGUUUUCGAUAACAAUCGUGGAUGUGUUUUGCCUUAUCGACUUUUCGCCGUACAGCAUAUCCUGGCUUUCGCGGCCACGGUGAAAACCAGCGUGCGUUGUGGCACGUCCGCUGUCGACCGCGUUGAGAGAAUACUUAAUUUAACCCGACAGUCUCGUACAAACGUCGCAAGCCAAUUUUGCGCGCAAUUUUAACAAUCUCAAGCUUGAUAUGCCAUCUCAUUGCAAAGGUUCAUAAUUUUCAUCGUUUUUUGUAAACGUGUUCGUAUAUUUCUCUUUAUUUUUUUCUCUCAAGAGGUGUCUCCUUUGCAGUGCUGUAUACCUGAUCUAUUAUUAUUAUACAAUGUAUUAUUAUAAUAAUUUGUACUACGCUCCCGUCAUUUUAAUAAUGCAUUGACAGUAUACUGUAGUUAGGGAAUCAAGUUAACGUUUUUUUUAAACAAAAAUAAAAAAAAAUUACUAUAUAUAUAACAAGCACUUGUACAGACUUAACUGAAACAUGUAAAUGGGGGUUGUUUUCCUUCUAAAAUAGCCACCACAUGAUUUUACAGAAUUUCUCACUGAGACCGUUUUUAGUUGUGUCUGUCGCCCGCCGGGUCAGCGUUCGACUCACCACAGACGCUUUGUAUUUUACGAAAUGGGACAUACGAUGGCUUUUUUUUUAAAUGUACCGGACUUUAAAAAAAAAAAUACAAAAAGAACAAAGUUGUGUUCGCUUGUAAUUGUACCUGUGACAUUGUUUAUAUUGUAUUACUAUACGCGUAACAUUUGCUAUUUUUUGUCUCAUGUAUAGCAUUCAUUUAAUGUAUAUAACAACAGCAAACAACUUUGUUUUGUUAUACCUGUAUCAUUAAACAUUUUAGAAACCAAAA